AUGAUAACAUGUAUGAAAGUUGAUAAGAAAGACAAAGGAAGUGAUUUUGAACCUAAGAGUAAAAAGAAUUCUCUCUAUCCUAAACUGACAGGGUGCGGGCAGAGCUCUCUGGUUGAUGACGCUUCCUGGUCCCUCCCUCGAAGACGACCCCCUCCAGAUGCAAUGGCUCCGCCUUCGGUUCCUCCUCCAUACAACGCCUCAUCUGCCACGUCAUCACCGAUGUCAUCCACAUCCUCUUUCAUGAACACUCCCUCCCCAGGCUCCAGUGUCCUCACCUCCUCCUCCCUCUCCCCUCCAAUUGCAGCACGCACCAGACAACAAUCAGAUUCAGCUCUUACGAUGCCAAUGGUGCAAGUUAUGGGUCCGGAUGGAAAUCCAGGUUUUGUCUACCGCCCAUGGACAACUCAGGACCUGAUUGAUGCAGCAUCACACCUCCCAAAGCCUGCACAAGGUGGCGCUGCCAUGGCACGAGCCUAUGUUCAGUUCAUCAAAGAUUUCACACCAACCUCAGGCGAAAUCCAGAGAGUCAUGAUGAAAUACAUGAAACCAUCUGAUUUCUCCAAGGUGAAAGACAUUUUCCCAAGAGAUGGCGACUUCAGACCACAAACGGUGAAUUGGGACACUAAUGACAAUGCUGAUCUAGCAGACCGACAGUAUCAGGACUUUGUCACACAAUUAGGACUGAAAUUGGUUGAGGUUUCCCCUGCUCACUGUGACCUUGCUAAAGUGAAUGCCUGCUGUCAGAAGGAAGAGGCAUGCAGAGGGGACGCAGGCCAUGGCAAGGAGAGAGAUCAGGUCCAAGAAUGGGACCACCACCAGGUUACGAUGUGUGAUUCCUGUGUGGCACUAAAGGACAUUGGGCAAAGGAUUGCACACAAUUCCGAGGCCGAGGCAGAGGAAGAGGUGCUCCACCUAGAGGCAGAAAUGACCGUUGGCAACAAUCAUCUGACUGAUCUGAGAGACGAGGGAGGGGAGGACCAGAUGCGUGCGUCUCAUAAAAAUUGUGAACCUGUAAUAGUCACUCCUAAGUCUGACUACAGACCAAAACGAGUUCAGUACCCUCUGCGUCCGGAAGCCGUCGACGGCAUUAAACCUGUUUUUAAAUCCUUAUUGGAAGCUGGUGUUAUUAUCCCAUGCAAUGACUCACCUGUCUGCACUCCUAUUUUUCCAGUUCAAAAAGCUAGAGAACCACCAUCUCUACCCGAGUGGCGAUUUGUUCAAGACUUAAAAGCAGUUAAUGCAGCUGUUCAUGCCAGAACACCAAGUGUUCCUAACCCCUACACUUUGCUUUCACAAGUUCCAUCCUUUGCUAAGUGGUUUUCAGUUGUUGAUCUAUCAAAUGCAUUUUUCAGUGUUCCUGUUCACAAGGAUUCUCAGUACUGGUUUGCAUUCCAGUUCAACGGGAAAGGUUAUACUUUCACCCGUUUAUGUCAGGGUUUCACUGAAUCACCAACAAUUUACAAUCAGGCUUUAUGCGAAUCAUUGUUGCCUCUAGCGCUCUCUGAUGGCACUGCCUUACUACAAUAUGUAGACGAUCUUCUGAUCUGCGCUCCAACUGAAAAACAAUGCAUAACUGACACUAUCAAACUGCUCAAACAUCUGGCAGAAGAAGGACACAAAGCCAGCUUAAACAAGCUACAAUUUGUCAGACAAGCUGUGACCUUCCUGGGUCACAUAAUUUCUGGUGAAGGCAAAACUAUGUCUCCAAAACAUAUUGAAGCUAUCCAAAAGAUUCCAAAACCAAUUACCCAAAAACAAAUGCUAUCUUUCCUGGGGAUGUGUUCCUACUGUCGCGCUUUUGUCCCUAAUUUUUCUGAGGUUGAAAGACCCCUCAGGACCUUGUGUCACCAAUCAGGCAUGACCUCUCGCUCACAACUUGAGUGGACACCGGAAGCAGACACUGCAUUCCUGAACUUGAAACUUCAACUUCAGUCUCCUCCCACACUUGGACUUCCUGACCCAACCAAACCAUUCACUCAGACUGUGGAUGAACGUUCGGGUUGCAUGACUUCUGUCCUCCUACAACCUCAUGGUGAUAGGCUCCGUCCUGUGGCAUAUUUCUCGGGUAAACUCGCUCCUGUUGCAGCAGGCAUGCCAAAAUGUCUCAGAGCUGUAGCAGCUGCUGAAAAAGCCCUUUUGGCCUCAAGAGAUAUAGUUGGCUACGCUCUUUUGACUCUUCUUGUGCCACAUGCGGUCUCUUUGAUCCUUUCUGAGCAGAAAACAUCACACCUUUCGGCUGCUAGACACCUUAGGUAUCACACGUGUCUUCUUGACAUGCCUAAUGUCACUCUUAAGAGGUGUACUGUUCUUAACCCUGCUACUCUGCUCCCUCUUCCACAGGAUGGUGAGCCUCAUGAUUGCAUGGCUGAACUUUCAGCAUCUUGUUCUCCAAGACCUGAUCUGACAGAAACGCCCUUGACAAAUCCUGACCUUGUCCUCUAUGUAGAUGGCUCUGCUUCAAGAGACCCAGUUACAGGUCUCUGCCAUGUUGGCUUUGCUGUUUGUUCUGACUAUGACGUGAUGAUGUCAUCAUCUCUUCCACCUCACUUCUCAGCUCAAGCUGCAGAACUUGUGGCCUUAACGACUGCCUGCCAAUUAGCUAAGGGUAGAUCUGUAAAUAUCUACACUGAUUCCAGAUAUGCUUUUGGUGUUGUUCAUGACUUUGGUGCACUUUGGAAACAUAGAGGUUUUCUGAAAUCUGAUGGCAAGCCUGUUUUGCAUCACACACUCAUUGCAGAUCUCUUAGAUGCCAUCCUUCUUCCUUCUGCCAUUUCUGUGUGUAAAUGUGCUGCUCACACUAAUGCCUCUGACCCGAUUUCUACAGGUAACGCUCGAGCGGAUGCAGCUGCACAGGCAGCUUCUCUUCUCCCUUUGUCUAACUCUUCUGUAUCACAUACUUUGGUUUCAGUUUCUUCUGACGUGCCAUCUUCCCUCAGUGCUGUUCAAUCUUUUGCAUCUCCAAAAGAUAAGCAACUUUGGAGAAACGCAGGUGCUUCAUGUCAUGAUGGCAUCUGGAUAGGCCCCGACAACAACCCGUGUUUGCCUUCCCAUUUCUUCCCUCACUAUGCUAAAUUGACGCAUGGGUCUAACCAUGCAUCAAAAGGAGGGAUGCAGCAAAUGAUUAACACAUUUUGGUUCACAAAAGGGUUUUCUGCCUAUGCUCAAAAACACUGCCAAGCCUGUGUUAUCUGUGCUACUCACAAUGUAGGCAGGGCAAUCCAACCUUCCCAACAAGCUGCUCAUCCUCAACCAACUCGACCUUUUGAGCAUGUCAUGAUGGAUUUUGUAGAACUAACUCCAUCAGAAGGAAAGUCUCAUUGUUUAGUGAUGGUAGACAUGUGGAGCAAAUGGGUUGAAGUGUUCCCAGCCUCAAAACAAUCUGCCUCAGUAGUAGCUAAAGCCCUUCUUACUGAAAUCAUUCCCAGAUGGGGAAUUCCAGCUAAAAUCUCCAGUGAUAAUGGCAGCCAUUUUGUUAAUUCAGCUAUCACUGAACUGAGCCUAUACUUAGGUAUUAACCUGAGAACACACUGUGCCUACCACCCAGCUAGUGGAGGUGCAGUAGAGAGGGAGAAUGGAACACUAAAGAACAAGCUGGCCAAGUGUUGUGAAGACACAGGUCUUCCAUGGACAAAAGCACUUCCUCUAGUGCUUAUGUAUAUGAGAAUGCGAAAACGAAACAGAACUAACUUGAGCCCCUUUGAGAUUCUUUUUGCAACUCCUCCUUCUGUAGGUGUGGAAGCUCCCCGAUCUCCACCCCCAUCAACAGCUCUUUGUGAUCACAACACACUAACCUACUGUACCAAUCUAUCCAAACAGCUCUCUGAUGUAAAGAAACAGGUGAUCGCAGCCCUCCCUGUUCCAGCCAGUGGUCCCCUGCACCAGCUCGAACCAGGUGACUUUGUGGUCAUAAAAGACUUCAGGAGGAAGUCGUGGAGGAACAGGAGGUGGCAAGGUCCGUUCCAGAUCCUGCUGACAACCCACACUGCUGUGAAGGUCGCUGAGCGGGCUACCUGGAUCCACGCCAGCCACUGUAGAAAGGUUCCAGCACCCCCUGCUGGUGCUCCUGGAAAACUACAAACUCCAGAGGCUGCUAAGUAAGACUUUGCGUUCGUAACAGGCACGCAGGCGACCAAGGGUCCGAAGAAAGAAGACAACAAGUGGCGUGCAGACGUAGUUUCUGUGUCACCUUCGUGGGCGCAAGAAGACCUACACCACACCACACCACACCCUACACGUGUUACACCAUUUCACUGUCUUUAUUUUUCACACAGUGACUCUCCCCUUACAAGUCUGUAUAUUUUUAUGUGCGGUUUUUAUCUAGUUUCUGUAAUUGUUAUAUUUGUUACGUUGUUGUUCGCACUACUCCCUUACCUCCUUGAUACAUAGGCCAUGGACCGUAACAGACCCUGGCAUCCGUUCAGACACCCAGGCCUGUGUGGUAUACGAGGCACUAUGUGUUGUUUCCUGUUUUUAACCUUGAUCAUUGUCCUUCCGAUUCUGUUUUUUCUGAGACCACAGCUCAUUCACCACUCACUUGACGCUAACACGAGUGAUACCAACCAGCUGGUUCACCGUUUUAAACGCACGCUCCUGACAAAUGACAGUCUCCAUGACCAUACGCAGAAUGUCUGGUACCAAACCAUGUUUUUCUUUGCUAAACAACAGACCACUUCCCCUUGUUAUGUUUGUUCCUUGAUACCUCGCACUACCACUGGUUCAGUCCCUGUUGUUCCUAGACCCCUCAAUGCGACUGAGACUCUUUCUGUGUUGGUAGCCAUGACAACAACUGCCACUGACACUGUUGACGAUUCGUGGAUAACAGUUAACAUGACUAGGCGACUGGCAAUGAUUAAUGAAACCUUAGUAGACUAUACGGGUUUGAAGUGGCGUUUUAAUCCUUCUUCUUUGCCACUUGGUAGUAGACAAACUCGCCUCUCCGCACCACUU